CCUCCUCUACUUGAGUGCGGAGUGCGCCUCCCCGCUUCUGCAGUCUGCAGUUCUGCACUCCCCCGAGCCAGCACCACCCAGCCGCUUCGCCUUCCUCCGCGGUCGCAGGGGCAGCGCGGAGCACUAGCAGCCGCGAGGUCAUCAUUGAAUGGCUGCAAUGAUGGGUUCAAUAUCUGCCUAUGGUUCUUACCAAACAAAUAGGCCCAGUGCACUAAAGCAGGCACCUCACAUGCAGUUCCAACAAUGUUGUAGCAGUGGAGUUGGGUUCUUAAGCAAGCACUCACAAUCCAUGCGAAGUAAGACACAGCUGGCUAAAAGAAGAGCUACAAAUAAUGGAAUUCAUCCAAAGACUACUAGGCCCCGGGCACCUAUUGUCUGUUCUACUGGAAUGGCUAUAAUUUUUGUUGCAACUGAAGUGCACCCAUGGUGCAAAACUGGUGGCCUCGGUGAUGUUGUAGGAGGACUGCCCCCAGCUUUGGCUGCUAUGGGACACCGUGUCAUGACAAUAGCUCCUCGUUAUGAUCAAUACAAGGAUGCAUGGGAUACAAGUGUCCUUGUUGAGGUAAAUAUUGGUGACACAGUAGAAACUGUUCGAUUCUUCCACUGCUACAAAAGAGGAGUCGAUCGUGUUUUUGUUGAUCAUCCUAUGUUUCUUGAAAAGGUAUGGGGCAAGACUGGAGCAAAAUUGUAUGGUCCUACUACUGGAACUGACUAUCGAGAUAACCAGUUGAGGUUCUGUCUUUUGUGCCUUGCUGCAUUGGAGGCUCCAAGAGUUCUCAAUCUCAACAGUGAACAUUUCUCCGGACCAUAUGGGGAAGAUGUUGUCUUUGUAGCGAAUGAUUGGCACACUGCUGUUCUGCCAUGCUAUCUGAAGAGCAUGUAUAAGCCAAAUGGAAUUUAUGCUAAUGCUAAGGUUGCUUUCUGCAUUCAUAAUAUUGCCUAUCAAGGUAGAUUUGCCAGAGCAGACUUCGAACUUCUUAAUCUACCUGACAGUUUCUUGCCAUCAUUUGAUUUUAUUGAUGGAUAUGUUAAGCCUGUUGUAGGGAGAAAGAUUAACUGGAUGAAGGCAGGGAUCAUUGAGAGUGAUCUGGUUCUAACAGUUAGUCCACAUUAUGUAAAAGAACUCACUUCUGGCCCAGAAAAAGGUGUUGAGUUGGAUGGUGUCCUUCGCACAAAGCCUCUUGAAACUGGAAUUGUAAAUGGCAUGGAUGUUUAUGAAUGGGAUCCUGCAACUGAUAAGCACAUCAGUGUGAAAUAUGAUGCAACAACGGCACCUGAAGCAAGACCUCUCAAUAAAGAAAGAUUGCAAGCUGAAGUUGGAUUGCCUGUGGACUCGAGCAUCCCCGUUAUAAUUUUUGUUGGCCGUCUUGAAGAACAGAAAGGAUCUGACAUACUCAUUGCAGCCAUUCCAGAAUUUGUGGGCGAGAAUGUUCAGAUAAUUGUUCUUGGCACAGGAAAGAAGAAGAUGGAGGAGGAAUUGACGCAGCUGGAAGUGAAAUAUCCAAACAAUGCUAGAGGCAUAGCGAAAUUCAAUGUUCCAUUGGCACAUAUGAUGUUUGCUGGCGCGGACUUCAUUAUUGUCCCAAGUAGGUUUGAGCCCUGUGGUCUCAUUCAGUUGCAAGGGAUGAGAUAUGGAGUGAUCCCCAUCUGUUCAUCAACUGGAGGACUUGUUGACACGGUUAAGGAGGGUGUCACCGGAUUCCACAUGGGUUCUUUCAGUGUCGAGUGUGAAACUGUAGACCCAGCUGAUGUCACAGCAGUAGCGUCAACUGUCACACGAGCCCUGAAACAGUAUGACACCUCGGCAUUCCAUGAGAUGGUGCAGAACUGCAUGGCGCAAGACCUGUCCUGGAAGGGACCUGCAAAGAAGUGGGAGGAAGUGCUUCUUGGCCUCGGAGUCGAGGGAAGUCAGGCUGGCAUCGAUGGCGAGGAGAUUGCUCCACUUGCCAAGGAAAACGUAGCUACUCCCUGAGGUUUGGUGCCUCGGAAAUAUGUGUUGAUGAUAGGAAGCAUCUUCUAGGAUCCUGACCUGGUGGCUGGCGAGAUGUUGAGUCAGACACCGGCAAAACCACCAGUUUCGCCUCUACUACUUCAUUUGUAAUAUAAUCCUUGACGUUCUAAAAAUGCCAUGCCCCUGGUUUAAUUUUAUC